GGCCCCGGCGGCGGAAGGGGCGACGCCGGCGGGGCGGGCGCUGCCGCCUUGUCGGAGCGGCCGGUGCUCGGCAGCCCCCGCCGGGCAUGUCAGCGCCGGGCCCCGGCCCCGGCGAGGCGGCCCCGGGCGCCAGGGAGGCGGCGCGGCGGGACCCGCUGGCCGCCGACCUGCGGUGCAGCCUGUUCGCCGCCGCGCUGCAGAGCUACAAGCGCGACUCCGCGCUCAGGCCCUUCCCGGGCCGCUACGCCAGCGGCGACACCAAGGACUUCGAGGGGCUGCUUGCAGAUACCAAGGCUCUACCAAGCCUGAAAGAGCUUCUGGAAUCUGUUCCAAAUACAGAUAAAAGGACCUGGGACCUCUUUAGUUGGAUUCUAUCAUCUAAAGUCUUCAUGAUACAAAGUACUAAAAAACAGGAGUACGAGAAGAUCCAGGAACUCACAGGGAUGUCUGGGGCUGCAGUUCCUGCUCCAGAUUACCUCUUUGAGAUUGUGUACUGUGAUCAAAUGAACACCAAGUUUGCUGAGACCAAGGGAGAGCGGGACCUUAUCUAUGCCUUCCAUGGGAGCCGCCUGGAGAACUUCCAUUCCAUCCUGCACCACGGCCUGCACUGCCACUUGAACAGGAUUUCUGCUCUGUUUCAGACAUCCCUGUUUGGUGAAGGCACCUAUCUGACCAGUGACCUGAGUCUGGCUCUGCUGUACAGCCCUCACGGUCUUGGCUGGCAGCGAAGUGCACUGGGCUCUAUUCUCAGCUGUGUGGCUGUUUGUGAGAUCAUUGACCACCCAGAUGUAAAGUGUCAGGUGAAAAAGAAAGAUUCAGAAGAAAUAGACAGAAAAAGAGCAAGAGUGAAAAACAGUGAAGGGGGAGAUGUGCCACAGAAAUACUUUGUUGUCACAAACAACCAGCUUUUACGAGUUAAAUACUUGCUAGUGUAUUCACAAAAGCAGCAUAGGAGGCCUUCUAAUGCAUCUUCCUGGUUCUACACCCACCGUUUUGCCCUAAUGAUGAUGCUGUACCUGCUGUUGCUGAUAGUGAUAGGGGCCAGCAACUCACCAACCUUCAUCUACUACUGGCACAGAAUGUUUGACUCGGAGAGAUGAAUCACCCAAGAUGAUAAACUCUUAAUUUCACCAUGUGCCUUAAGAAUAGCUGAUCUGCAGUGCACUGCAUCUAUUCCAGAGCUCUGGAAAUAAAGGUGCCUGGAACUUUCCAGUUCUGUCACCAAUAUAUUAAUCCUCAUGGCAUCUCUGUGUUUAUUCUUAUUUCUGUGUUCCUGGGAUUCAUGAGGAUGCCUAGUAGAGCUGAAAAGGAUCACAGUGGUACAGCUUAGCAUGAGUCAAUCAUUAAGGGUCCAUGGAAAAAAGGUUAUUUAAGAUUAAUGAAAAUCAAGCAUGGAAACACUCAGGUGUAACUUAUUUUCUGUCACGUUGAAGUAUGUUUGCACGAGUUGGAAAGGAGGAUUUUUCUGGAUGUCAGGCAAAGCUACCUGUUGGGAGUCUUACCAGUAUGUUUUCAGAAACUGAGUCUAGUGAUGUUUGGCAUGUAUCAAUGCAGAUGGAAUUACUUUUAAACUUUUAAAACUAACUUUGGCCAGGAAUUUUUAUAUUUGAGCAUAAUGAUUGUAAGGGGAAAAGAAAAAAGAAAAAAACAACAAGAAAUAAAACAACCACCAAAUGGAAGAACUUAAA